CAUGCCUUAUGCCUUAUGGAUCAAUGUCCAAUUGCUACUGCUGUCAAAGUUAAUCAAGUUAACUUGACUUAGUGAUCAGUGAUAGUGUUUUAUUUAUUCAUAACUUUAAAAAAAUUUUUACUUCAUUUUCAUAAUGAUUCAUUUCAUAUUUAUUUUUAUUAAUUUAGUAAUAAAACUAAUAAGCAUAACUUGAGUCAAUAAUUGACAAAUUAUAAUUAGUUUUAAUAAUUAAUAUAUUAUUUAGAUUUUUAUUUUAAAAUAGAUCAGUAUUAGCAUUGGUAUUAGUCGUCUUGAGUCUUUCCAUGUACUAUGUCAAUGUCAUGUUAUAUGAUUUCAAUGAUUGAUAUUGUCAAUUGUAUUUUGUAAUAAUUAUAUUCUUUAAAUUUAAUUUAAUUACAUAAAUAACAUGACAUAAUAAAAUAGUAUUAUAUUUUAUAUAUUAUAUUAUAUUUAUAUGUCAUAAUUUAUGUUUUUAUUAUUGUAUAACUUCAGUUACAUUUUAAAAUAAAAUCAUAUUACUAUAAAUAUAUAAAGUAAUAUACAGUCAAUUUAUAUAUAUAUAUAUAUAUUAGUAUUAGUAGGCAUACUUUGAAGGGUAGUAGACCUUAGUAGUAGUACACUUCUAUUAGUCAGUAUUAUUUAAGUUAAAGUGUUGUAAAUAUUAUAUACCAGGUUGCCAGAUAACUAAAAAUGUAGAGUCUAGAGUUAGAUGCAGUAGCAUAUUUUGAUUUUUGUGGUGUUCGUUUUAUUUUCAUCUCUGUCUUUAACUUCAAGGCUGGACUAAGCAAAUUGUCUUUGUCAAAUACUAUUUAAUUCAACAAAACUAACUUCUAUCCAUCCCACUGGCGCUACAGCCCAUGUAGGGAUUUGGCCUGCCUGUCCACUUCCUUCCACUCAGACGUGACUAGUGCUUUUCUUUUUCAUGCUUGGAUUCCUAGCUGCUAUAGAUCUUUUUCCAACAUCAUCCAUCCAUCUAAGUCUAGGUCUGCCUUUGCCUUUGAGCCGUUUUAUCCUGGGGUAUUGGUGAUGUACCCUCUAGGCUCUUGACUCCUCUGUCAUUUGUAUUUUCUCUAUGUGUCCUGCCCAGCAUAGCCUAUCCUUUUUUUUUAUUACUGCUACUAGAUUGAGAUUCUGAUAUAGUCUAUACAAUUUCUGGUUGGCAGGUUGGCUCAUAUUCUCCAUCCAUAUUUAUCCUUUGUUGGUCCAUAUAUUUACUGGAGAACUUUUCUCUCCCAUGUGUUUAAUAGGUUUUCUGCUGCUUUUGCAAAUUUCACCAGCAUAUGAUGUUACUACUGGUCUGAUAACAGUUUUAUAAACUAAUUUACACUGACAUAAUUUUAAAAUAAUUGUUUGAUUUGCUGUGAAUAUUAUUAUUUAAAGUUAGACAAUUUGACAAUUAAAUUAUCAAUUUUGUAAGUAUUUUGUAUAGAAAAUGAUUCACAAAAUUUGUAUAUUUUACAAAAACAUAAACCCAGUUCCAAGAAAGUUGUGCGGGUCAAAUUAAGCAUGUCAGUGGACUGGAUAUGGUCAGCGGUCAUACCUUGCAGACCCUUGAAUUAUAUGAAUAACUCUAAGUAUUUUUAGGUCAAAACUUAUUUUUAUUGACAAACUUAUUAACUUAUCUUAGGAAAAUAAAGUGUGUGUGUACUGCAAUCAGUUAAGAUAAAAGUAAAUCAAUUUUAAGCAUACAUCAAUUUUUAUUUCUGCCUCCUGUGAAACUUUCAUGGCACACAAAAUAAAUAUUCACAAUAGUUUUUUUGAAAACCACUACAUUUAUAUGAGAACUUUGAAUCUGAACUCAAAUACUCCAUUAUUUCAGUCAUUGGCUUUUGCAUAUCCAUCAGCAAAUUACAUUCAUUUAAACUGUUGUAUAGAAAAUUUGCUAUGUGAUUAAUGUUAUUUAUUAAAUAAUAUUUAAUUUGAGCCUACUUUACAAUGAUCGAUGACUGACAAGUCCUAACAACCACAUAAAGUUUAUGAUUGAAUGUGAACAAAUUUAAUAAGGAACACAAAUGAAAGAGGGCACAUUUCAACAAAUAUAAUAAUCAUUAUUUGUGGUCACUUUGAAAAAAAAUGAGUUAACUAUUUUAGUUGUUUUUUAAGACAAUGUAAAUUAUUUUAUGUAUUUUAUUAGUCAAAAGCUUCAUUUAAGUUUAAAAUGUCACAUUAACAAAUAUAAAUGCUAUAUUUGCUAAAUAAAGUUAAUUUACUAAAAACAGCUUUUUCUCAGAAUCAAGCAGAUGUUACUUCGCAGGUUUUGCAAGUGAACUCCUCAUUCCAUGUGCAAACCCCCAACUGAAGUAAAUCCUUCUCUACAUUGUUGAUCCAUCUCAGCCUUGGGCAACUGGGGAGUCGUCUGCCCCUAGGUUUCUGCCUGUAUAUUCUCUUAACCUUAUAGAGCAUAGUCUUUACUCACUGGUUUAAACCCGAUGACUGCAUUUACUGUCUCUCUUUUGAUUGCAAACCCUGUUCCUAAGAUGUCUGUGUUGUUUCCACUGUAGAAUAUUGUAUACUCCUUUACUUAGGAUAUCCGAGUCUUUCCAUCUGACCUGCUGUAGUGCCCCAACCACGAUUCUAAAUCUUAGCAAUUCGUCACUGAGGCGGACCAGUGCUCCCACUCUGUAUAAACUAAGUACAUUCAAGGUUUCUAUCUGUAUCUCAUAUUUUUGUUCAGGCAUGGGUCGAAAUCCAAAAUUAUCAGUCUGUUGUUUUUUUUUGUAUGUGGUUUAACUUUUGUAACACUUGGAUUUUUACGUGACAGGGUCGUCAGCCCUGCACACAACCGUCUGGGGGGAUGCCCCUUGCAGCUCUCAGGGUAGCUGCAUUUGUAUUGGGUUGGGCCCAUAGCCUAUGUGGAUCCCUCCACUUACUACAAGGCAGUAGGUACUGAUCUUGGUCCACCCCAGGUAUUUUAUUUCCCCGGUAGCCGCCAUAUCUGGUGGGCUUUCCCCUAUCAGCCACCUGGGGAGGCAUUCGAUAGAGAAUUCAAAGAUAUACAUGUUUAAUUCAGAUUUCAGUGAGGGCCAGCAGUGCAGGGACUGCAAUGUAGGCCUGCAUCCCAGAUGGGUGCUUAAGUGUAACUUAGUAAUAGAUUGUAGGCUUAUUCAUGAUUCAUAGAUUGCAGGCUGACUCUUGGUAACCAAUUUAUAUACUGCAGGCAGGCACUAGAUAACUCAGCUCUGGCCCUGCUUUCAGUGUCAAUCCAAUUUCAUAAUUUUUAAAAUAUCCUAAUAAGUUGAUAAUGAUUUAAUCAUUUAGUUAUAGUUACAGCCAUAUUUUGAUUGCAGAUUUACUGUCAUUGUCUUGAAUAUCCAUUGGGGGAAAGCUACAUUUUUUAAUACAUUUAUUAUACAGUUUGAAAAAGUUUGUGAGUUAGAGAAGAGAAACAAUAUCCAGAAUGGAAAUUCCAGCUCUGAUAACCAUUGUAGAAUGGUCAACCAUAGCUGUUACUUUUAUCAUGAUGGGAUCUGGAAUGUGAGUAUUUUAUAAAAACAAUUUUUUAAUAAUCACAACAGCUUAAUGAAGUGCUCAUCCUCUUUGACUUUGACCACCUCUAAAAAUGUAAAAAAAAAUUCUUUAAAAAAAAAAUAAUAAUUUUUGUUUGCAUUCCCAUUAAAACAGCGUUUCCCAAACUUUUUUUGCGGCCCAACUAUUUUUAUACUUUUUCAUAAAUCACAAAAAAUUGUAUUACUUACUCUGGCAUAUAAGUAACAAAACAGAGUUGAAUGUCCAUAGAGUUUUUAAAUAUUUCAAUUAAAACCAUUUAGUCUUAAAAAAAUGAAAAGAAAAGAAAUCAAACAGAGACCUGGUAAAUGAUGUAUUAAUUAGAAGUGUGAUGCUGCUAUUAGAUAAACUUGAUAACUUUAUUCUCAGAUUCAAGUAAUUAACCAAUUUACCUUUGCCCUGACUUUCUCUCUUGCUCAUCUACGGUGGUGUCUUUUGUAGAUUAAAAGGUUAUUGUAGUGUCACUUUGAUUGGCAUACCAUUGGUUGUCAGUGAGGCAAAGAUUGAAUGCACCGAAGGCUUCCGAGCGAAGGGAGUGGGGCUCAGUGAGCUCCUCCCCAGAAAAUUGUUGAUAAUUCAAAAUGCAAUUUGGUGCAUACCUGAAUUAAAUUUUGCAUCAUUUUCACUUAUCAGAGAGCAACAUAAGAGAUGCUAGUGUGACCCGGUAUUUUUCUUUUGUGGGCUGGAAUCAUGUCAUUUUUUGUGGGCCGGUACCAGGUCAUUUUUUGUAAGCCAGUACCAGGCCAGGACCCGGCAUUUGGGUAUCAAUGCUCUAAAAUAUUAUUAAGAUUUCAAUUAUUUUAAAAAAAAUAUCUAUACAUGAUUUUUUUUGGGUAAGGUAAAUACAAAAAUUUUAAUCUGGUAAAUAAACAGAGGAUUUAAGAACAAAAAUAUUUUAAAUUGCUUCCUUACAAAUUUAACUUUUGAAAAUAAAUUGUCUGCAUGUUUUUCAGCCCUUUAUGUGUAAAUAUGUUGAAGAAGAAGACAACUGAUAAUGUCCCUUAUUUGAUGUUUUUGAUUUUGUCUUUUGUGUAAGUAUAGUUUCCAUUUGUCUCAAAUACUAGUGAUGAAAUAAAAAGAAAUUGUUUUCAUUUCCAAGUUCAGGUAGAUACUACUAUUCACAUUUUGAUAUGUCUUAACAGGACAGUCAGCAGAUUAGAUCAUGCACUGAGACCAAAAAAAUAUAUGUAUUAUUAAACAUUUAAUCCACCCUAGUCGAGUUGCCAUCUUUAUUUAACCUACAUUCAGUUAAAAAUAAUGUUGCUGAGGUCUUUUGCCCAACUCUUUCCUUAACACCAUAUUAUUGUAUUAAUAGUUGGGACUUUGGCAUACCUUUUUGUUUGAAACAGAUAAGUUAUUGGCCAACUUUUUUUAUCAUAUGACAUGCUAACUAUUUAUUAAAAUUCUUCAACCCAAAUGAAAAAAUCUCAAAUCAAUUCCCAAACUCUUUAUGUUCUAAAACUCUUUAUGGGUUAAUCUCUUUUUAUAACAUCAUAAUUUGGUGACACACCAAUUUCUGAUCAGUGGGAAAAAUUUACAAAAGGAAAUAAUUACCUUAUUAUAGAUAUUAAUAUUAUUAAUGUGACAUAUUUUCAUUUUUAGGAGUCUUUUAAGUCUCCAGUAUGCAUUGCUGAUAAAAAACAAUACCCUAACAUUCAUCAAUGUAACAGCAAGUCUUGUUUGGGGAUUCUAUGUCUGUGUAUACAACUUUGUUAGCAAAAACAAGGUAUUACCUUUCUUUAUAGCUUGAAUGUGUGUUCUUUUAACAUAAGUCUAUAAUAAGCCCAUAAAGAAAGUCAGGAAACAUAACAUUUUAAUUAAUAACAAGAAGUAACCUCUCACCAUGCCAUUGGUUUGCAUAUAUAUUCAUGAAUUCAGAUCUAUUAAUUGAUACAUUACAUUGUGUGUACCGGUAUAUUAUAAACAAAUCUUUGAAGGCUAAUAUUUAACUCAAUGGCAUUUUAUACCUUUUAAAAAUAAGUUAAACAACUCUUGCAUUCCAAUGUAUUUUAUUCUGUUUCUGAUUAAUUUAUCGUAUAAUUAUAACUAUUUUCAGAGCAAGCCAUUGCUUCAACUCUUGGUCUUAGCUGGAUUGUAUUCAUCACACUACUAUUAUCUUACAAUUGUGCCACCAGCUGAUGUCGUCCCUACUCUUGGAAGUUAUCUCUUAUUUUGGGUUACAGUUCUUUCACUUCUUCCUGCUUUGGAUUUUGUAGGUUCAUCAUUCCUUGAAUUUAAGUUUUAUGUUUGUUUAUUUAUAGAUUUCAGAUGGAUAACUAGUAAUAGCCUGUUAUUAUGUUUAUGAUAAAUUGGUUUCAAGUUAGCUUUUCCUUUUCAACUCUUUAAAUUUAAAAAUUACUAAAAAUUUACUAAAAUUUAAUAUCAUGCGAUCAGGGCUGGUAAUAAUAAUAGGACCAACUGGGCUGCCUUAAUAUUAUGUAAUUUGCGUAUGAAAUUAAAUAUCUACUUGCAGAUUUUUGUCCCGGGCCGCUAGGACACUUGAGUCCACCCCUCAUCAUCUUUGUGAUUACAUGUCUUAUCGCUUGGUGUAUGUCAGUUACAUAAUUUAUCUGUAAUUAUCUGUGCCCAGAUAACAUAGUUGCACCAUAAAGUCUUGCCACUAUGAGACUCUGAAUUGAAACUUAUAUUUUGCAAGAUAGUGAAAUCAAUCAAGAGCAGUGGAAUGCAUCUAGUAAUAGAUGUUUAUUGUCACCGUGGGAAAAAUAUGUGGUUCCCAUUAGCCAGGCAGAAUAGUUCCUAGUGUAAUUCAAACCCCUUAGCUAAAAAUUAUCAAGAAAGAUAAUCGCUCUUUGUAUUAGAUUAAAUUCCAUCCACCCAUGCAAUAGCUCUGUUUGAAAUUAUAUUUAUAUAGCUCAUAUAAGAAAAAGAUAAUUUAGGGCCCCCGGCCCCUAAAGGAAUAUUUCAAAAUGGAUCACCUAACUCAGAAACCUUUGCAGAUGUGUGCACAACAACUUACCAAAGUUUUAUCGCAAUAGGAUCAGUGGUAUAGGAGCGCAUACGGGACAUACAUACAUUAAUAUUGGGCAAUAUGAUGACCUUCUGGCGACUGUAAAAAAGCACAAACUGGAAUGGUAUGGCCAUGUGACAAAAGAAAUCAUGCAGGGCACAAUGAGAGGAGGGAGAAGAAAAGGAAGACAGAGAAAAUGAUGGGAAGAUAACAUCAAAGAGUGGACAGGACCAAAACUAGGCAAUGCUGUGCGAAGUGCAGAAAACAGAGAGGAAUGGGAGAGGAUAGUUUUCAUGUUAUCUGUGGUGCCCCAACGGUCCAAGGACUAAGGGACAUGAUGAUGAUGAUUAAUUUUAAUUUUAUUUCCAACAUUGAGAAAAAAACGCACUAAAAAACAACUGAUGUUUGGGUUUUCCCCAUAAUGUGAUUAUGGUGUAAUUCUUUGAUCAGAAUUUUUAUUUUUUUUAUUUUUCAUAACUUUCAAACACAUAUAAAAUGCUUAAAUGAUACUUUAAAUGUAUUUGUAAUUUAUAAUAAUUAUACUUAAACAUUCACUAUAAUAAAAGCGGAUAUAUAAUAUUUUUUGAGCAUUUAAAUUUAUUAGAUUUCCAUAAAAUAAUAGAAAAUAACCGUGAUCGUUUUUAAGAAUCCGAACGUAUUUAAAUCUUUUCAGUUCUUUGGCAUUACGGUCAGCAUAGCUCAUUCUUAUAUUUAUUUUAUAAAUGUUUUUAAUGGAAGGGGCAAAAAAGAAAUGCAAAAAAUGACAACUUUUUUAAUAUUUAUUUUUUGUUUGUUUUCCCAUUAUUUCAUUUCUAACAAACCCGUUCCAAAAAUUUCCUUUUGAAUAAAUUUCUAUCCAAUAGUUUUCCUUCAAAUGAAAUUCUUUUGUACAAAUUUGCGGUAACUGUCUUACCCUUACCAUCACUCUCGGGCAGCAUAAGGGAAGGUCAAAGACAGUCUAUUAUAAUUAUACUUCUGGUUUGGGGGUUAGGGCAAAUGGCCACUUGAAAAAACCACUCUUGCAAUUAGAGACCGACCGAAAGUGAUUUUCUGAUUUCGGCCGAAGCCGAAAAUAGGCCGAAAUUUUAAAAUGAAUUUCGGCCGAAACCGAAAAAAGGCCGAAAGUUUAAAAAUGACUUUCGGCCGAAACCGAAAAAAGGCCGAAAGUUAAAAAUGAAUUUUGGCCGAAGCCGAAGCCGAAAAUGAAACAUUAAGAUAUUUUGAAAUUCGUUCCCGCAUACAUCGAAAAUGAUGUGGGAAAGUAUAAAUAUUUACAUUCUUUUUAUAAAAAAAUGAGAUAAUCGUGAAUAUUAAUAAAUAAACAUCUAAUAUAGGGUUCUCAAACUCGCGGCCCGCGAGCCAUUUGUGAACCGCANUUUUUUUUUUCUUUCUCUCCAUUUAUUACAAUCACCAAAAUGUAAACAUACAUGUAGUUAUAUUAAUACAAAUAAAAUCGCAAAGAGUUAUUUCCACUCGAUGGACUGUUCAAAAUCACCUUGGAACUCGCAUGUCCCAACCACGGUCCACCUGACAUAUUCAGCGGCACCAUCAGCACCAUUCAGGAUCUGGAGGGCCUUGACAUCCUCCUCCACUGAUUUGAGUUUGAGAUCCUUGAUCUAAUGAAUACUUUGGAUUUUACCAUUUUAAUAUAAAAAUAAUUUAAAUUGCUUUACAAUUUUUAAAAAUUAGUAUGGUAGGAGAAAAUUUGGCAAAAAUUGGUUGGGGGGGGGGGGAAUUAAUGCAAAAUAUUAUUUUUUAAACCGGGUCUCUAAAAAUUGUGGUUCUAAAAGAUCGCUUAAUUUGUUUUUUAAAGAUCAUUUAGUUGGUUGUUAUUGAUCGGUUAGUCUGUUCUUAAAGAUCGGUGAGUUUGUUCAUAAAGAUCGCUUAGAUUGUUCUAAAAUAUCCCUUAGUUUAAUCUUAAAGAUCGCUUAAUUUGUUCUUAAAGAUCGUUUAGUUUGUUAUUAAAGAUCGCUUAGUUUGUUGUUAAAGAUCGUAUAGUUUGUUGUUAAAGAUCGUUUAGUUUGUUGUUAAGAUCGUUUAGUUUGUUGUUAAGAUCGCUUAGUUUGUUGUUAAAGAUCUCUUAGUUUGUUGUUAAAGAUCGUGCAACUUUUCUUAAUGAUCGCUUUAUUUUUUUUAAAGAUCGGUUAGUUUGUUCAUAAAGAUAGCCUGGUUUGUUGUUAAAGAUCGUUUAGUUUGUUCUUAAAGAUCGCUUAGUUUGUUGUUUAAGAUCGCUUAGUUUUUUCAUAGAGAUCGCUUAGUAUGUUCUUAAAGAUAAUUGAUAUUGUUCCUUAAGAUCGAUUAGUUUGUUCUUAAAGAUAUUUUUGUUUGUUCCUAAAGAACAUUUAGUUUUCUGUUCAAGAUCGCUUAGUUUAUUCGUAUAAAUCAUUUAGGUUACUAUGAAAGCUCAUUUUGUUUUGAUUUUAAAGAUCAUUUAGUUCGUUAAAAAUCGUUUAGUUUGUUCUUUAAGAUCGUUUAUUUUGUUAUUAAAGAUUGCUUAGAUUGUUAUUAAAGAUCGUUUAGUUUGUUCUUAAAUGUCGCUUAGUUUGUUGUUAAAUAUCGUUUAGUUUAUUCUCAAAGAUCGCUAAAUUUGUUCUUAAAUGUCGCUUAGUUUGUUGUUAAAUAUCGCAUUCACUGAGUAUUAAAUGACCGAAUUCCUGAGUCACUUUCGGCCGGAUGGCCGAAAGUCUAAGUCAAUUUCGGCCGAAACCGAAGAAAAACCGAAAGUUAACUUUUCUCUUUCGGCCGAAACCGAAAUAAAACCGAAAGUCAACUUUUCAGUUUCGGCCGAAACCGAAACUUGGCCGAAAGUGAUAAAAUGGCCACUUUCGGCGCCGAAACCGAAGCCGAAGCCGAAAUUCGGUCGGCCUCUACUUGCAAUUUAAAAUUAUUCAUUUAUACACUAUAAAAUAGGAACAUUUGAGAGCUCAAUAUUUUUUUUUUAACAGUCAUUCUAUUUUUACACAUGGCAAAAAUAAAAUAAUGCUUUACUUUAACUAAAUAUUAUAAUUAUUUUUUAAAAAUACUUGUGGGUAGCUCUUGGCAAUAUGAUCAUGAAGUGCAGCAGUUUUUUUACAAAUCAUAAUAUUAUCAUACUUACCUUUAAUGGCUCUUGGUUCUUGACCCUUGUUACAGAUUUACUUGAGACUUUGUAUUUGCAUCCUCAGAUAACAAUAUUUAAAGAGAAGUCUACCAGAUGCUGUGAUUUGCCAAUGUUACUUGGUGGAACAUUAAAUGGCGGUGUGUGGUACUUGUAUGGCAUACUGAUGAAUGACAUCAAUAUUUAUGUAAGAAAUCUUUAAAUUCUAACACCCACAGCUGAUUUGUAAAGAUGAAGUUACGCUAUUCACCAUUUAAACCAAAGCACUAUUACAGUAUUUACAGUCAAGCUUCGUCUUAACUAUCUCAUAUCAUUUUAUUUCCUUUAGUGUUUGUAAAUACAAAACCCUUAUACCCUAAAUUUAGUGGUAACGGUAGAAAAAUUAAAAAAAAAUUAUUUCUAUUUUCACAAAAAAAAAUUUUUAAGCUCGUUUCUUGUUAUCAAAUAAUUAAACAAUUAAAGAUGAAUAACUCCUGUUACUUUAUUUGUUUUCAAAUUAUAUGAUAGCCACUGAAUUUACAUUUUAGUUUCCUGCAAUUCCUGGCCUUCUUGUAAGUGCUCUGAAGUUUGGCUUGAUGAUAGUUUAUGGACCACCUUCAAAGACUGUCUCUACCAAAGCCUCAGCAAGUCAGCAAGCUACUACUUACAAGAAAAAGAAAACAGAUUUACAAAACAAUAAUUUUAAUGAAAGGUCUUCACCUAGUAAACUGCGUAAAACUAAGUAGUCAGAAAAUCUAACAAUUUUAAAUAAAAGUUUAUUUUUUAUAAGAGCCAAUCUUUUUAUUUUUUGACUUUAGCAUAUGUAGGUUCUUCUGCAAAAAAAAAAUUAAUUAAAAAAUGUAAAGAAAACUUAUGAAAAAGUAAAUAGGGAAGUAGAGGAUAGAUAAAUUAAUUACUUAAUACAUUCCUUUAAACCUGCUGCAUAAAAAUUAGAUAUAGAUCUAACCAACCCACUGAUGCUGAUUAAACAUUUUGUUUAAAACCUUUACGCUUUAUUGGGUUUUUUCUGCAAGCUGUGCCUGCACAUUAAAUGAUAUGUAGAUAAUCAAAUUAUAAUAAGUCUUUUCCCCUUGUACCAUUCAUUGGAAUUAUCCUCUAAAUAACCAGUUUAAUGACUGCAAUAAAGUUAAAAUUAAAUUUUGUGUCUGCUGAUAGAUCAAAUUUUAAAAUAUUGUUUGUUCUUGUGCUAUAAAAUGGUGGAAAUGCAUUAUAAAAAAAAAUUCUUUAUGUAAAAAUACCAGCAUUGAUAAUUUAAAUAAUUGUUGAGGUUUGUUGAGAACAUGUCUUUUAACAUAUCAUUGAUAUUGCUUUGAAAAAUAAUUUAUCCAAUGUUUUGUUAUACAAUAAGCAAUAUUACAUUUUUUAAACAUUUAUUUUUUUUACUAGGUAUAGCCCGCCAAACAAUUGCGGCUACAAAUUCUGAUCUACUAAAGUUACUUGAAAAAACAUCCAUUUAAGUUAACACUCUUUGUAAGAAUCCCAUUGUAGUGCUAUCCCUACCCCCACCCCCACCAGUCGUACAUCACCACACACUUUUUUCAUGUCCCUGAAUUAUAUUAAUAUUCUAAUGCCCACCCCUUUUUAAAAUGCAUAUUUAUUACACCAUAUUCAAAUUAGGACUAUUUCCAAAACAAAAAAAAAUUGCUGUUAUCAGAAAUUUUAUUUUGCGAGCUUUUGAACUCACUAUUGCACCAUACUUUCUUUCAUACCUAGAGAAUAAUAUGUAUUGAUAAUGGACUUUUAUGUAAUAAUAAUAUAAUUAAUUAAUUUUCUGUCCAAUGUUUCAGCUGCAAUGAGGUUAAGUCUAAAUACAAAUACAAUAUUACCGGUACUGCACUUAUUUACAUUUAAUAUGUUUAAAAAAAAUAAGAUUGUAACAUUUUGAACCAAUUUUAAAAGGUC